UGGUCACUGAGUUGACGUCUCUGCCCCUCCCAUCCCACACCAGCCAGGGAAGUGGAUGAGUAGGGGAAAUGGAACCAGUGUGGGAGGGAAGUGGUGACAAUAUAAAGUCCAGCUUCAGCUGGACCAGUAACAUACAGAGGAAGACAGACCUUUGGACCACUGGGAGAGACCAUGAACAUUAGGAAGCCCAAGACAAGAGGCCUAGAGGUCCGGUCUGGUUCACUCAUCUUCCCCAUGCUGCUGACACUGAUACUAGGCUUGGCUCUGGCCCAGGAUGCAGCGCUGCUGUGCCCAGAGAAGACCCUGGAUGUGAUGGUGACAGAGUCUGAGACGCCAAUGAAUGGGACGCUGAUCCUGUCCUGUAAAGGCUGUAGUCAGUUUGCUCACUCCAGCUUCCUGUACUGGCUGGGCAACCGUUCCUUCAUAGAACACCUUCCGGGCAAACUACGGGAGGAAAACACUCGGCGGCAGCAACAGAACGGAGUGACCUGGCUACAGCGAGACCUGGUGCUGAAGGAGCCCAGCCCCACUCUGCAGAGGACCAAUUUCUCCUGCGUUCUGGUGGACCCGGCCCAGGUCACUCAGCGCCAUGUGCUUCUGGCCCAGCUCUGGGAGACUGGUACGAGAACAUCCCAAACUCCAGACCUCAGCCACCAGCCGACCACUCCAGUCGCAUCCCUGACAACUUCCAGGCCUGGGGAAGAAUCCCAGUCGGCCACUCCAACAUCUGACUAGGCCUGACCAGUUGAGGCAGCAAAGUUGGGACAAGGAUGCCUUUCAAUAAAGCGUUCAUUUCAG